AAUAACCGUCUAUAGGUGAGAUUUGGGGUACCCGAAGUCCGCCAUCAGUUGCACGUUAAGUGUGUUUAAAACAAUUUAUAAGUCGUGUUUAAACCGACAGAGGAAAAUGGACUUACAUUUAAGGGCAACAUUGAUUUAUUUUUUAUUGUCAAUGUGUGGUGCGAUUAGUGUCGCCACCUCGGGAACAAGUGACGGAACUACAAGCCUCCCUGUGUCCGUGGCAAACAAGAGUACUGUCGGAACCACUGUAGCUGUGGCCAGCCAGUCGACCACGAACCUUUCAGCAUCCGGGAUAAACCAAAUCAACCAUGGCACUGUAAAUAAUACAUCCACCCCAGUUAAUACAAACUUUUUUGAUAAUAUCCAGAAAUUUCUUCAAAAUUCUCAGGUUGCCAAUCUUAUUCAGAAACAAAUCGGAGAUUUCAUUAAAUCUAACAAUGUGUCGUUUCCUAUCUCUAUCAUGACCCCUGAAAAUCUACAAAAAGUCCUCCAGUUACUAGGACCAGGUUCUGGCUCCACCAACCUACAAGGACUUUCUCAAUAUGCGGGAUUGCUCGGGAACAUCUCAAACGAAAUCCGGAAUGUCACUGAGGAAUUGGAACAAAACAUUGGUCCUCAGUGCUACAGCCACUUACAAUUUCUUGUCUCGGAACUCAUGAAAAGGGAACAAUGGGCGAUAAAAAUGAUAGAUGCGUCAGGCAAGAUUCCGUCCGGAUUGCUGGAAGGAAACAUGGUUUGGCCAGGUUCCUAUGACGAAUGCCUAAAUGUGAAUGUUGACGGGAAGUUUGAUGGGCAAUACUGUACAGCUACUCUUUCCCUCGCAUCAAUUUUGGGAUCCAUUUUUCCGAUGGCAGCGGGGCUAGACUUACGUAUGGGUGUGUGUAUGCCAGAUAGCUGUACCGCACCGGAAACCAAAACCGUAUUGAAUACUCUUUUUGGUUUGCUGCCUCUGGGUGAGAACAAGCUCCAAGCUUCCAAAAUCCAAUGUUCCGAGCGUGCAGAGUACGACGAUUUGGCAAUAGGAGGACUUACAAUGUGUGGGGUGUUUGUUGUCCUGAUGACGCUAUCAACCUUGUUCGAUGUUAUGUACAAUCAGCACCAGAACAAACCUAACGAGACGGCCCCGCAGGAGAAUGGAGUUUCUCCAGAGAGUAAAUACCAGGUUAACGGGGACGUGAAACCUACAAAACCGAAACAACCAGGUAUGAUGUUCUGUUGGAAUGAAGCUUUGACCUCACUUAGAAUCUUUGAAAUAGAUAAAAUGUAUUUUUAA